AUAGAGUGUAAUAAAGUGUAGCAAGUGUAGAUGCGGAGAAGAGAGUGCGAGAUCGCUGUGACAAACCGCGAUCUCUACGACAGUCACAAUUAAAAGAAUGGCUAAUUUGCGCUUAUUUGUCACCUCGGCUGCGGAUUUGUUAAACAAUUACGGAUUGGCAAGAUGCUGCUUGACGAGCUUGAAAAGGGGAUACAGUGUCUUCCCGACCCAUUAUAUUCAGCCGACGUACAGGAAGGAAGAUCAAGAAGCUCUGUUUCAAAGCGACCAAGCGAAAGAGGUUGCGCACAAGCAAGUGAGGCCGGCAUUAUUCACCGACACGUGCUCUGAAUUUCAUGAUAAGAGAGUUCUGAAAUUUAUCAACACCCUUAUGAAGAAAGGAGAUAAGAAACUGUCGACGCGGCUGGUGACUCUGACUUUCGAGAACGUCAAGAGGAUGCAGUUGGAGCGCUAUCACAAGGAAACGUCGAGCGAGGCGAAGGCAAACAUUGAAUUGGAUCCUUUUGUGGUCUUCCACCGUGCCGUCGACAAUUGCACGCCGAUUUUGCAAUUGAGGAGCUGCAGAAGAGGAGGAAUCACGUAUCAGAUUCCUGUCCCAAUUCCACCUGGGAUGGCACAGCACAAGGCCAUGCUGUGGUUGAUUCAGGCUGCGAACGAGAAAGACCGUAUUGCCAGAUUUUAUGACGUACUAGCCAAAGAAUUAAUAGCGGCUUCUCAGAAUCAGGGUCGUGCGGUGAAGUGUAAGCAAGAUUUGCACAAGACGUGUCAAGCCAACCGGGCUUACGCGCACUUUAGAUGGAUGUAGAUAAAAUAUAUACAUGUACAAAUAAAUAUCGAAACGAAUGAGA